AUGCCAUUAAUUGUCAUUGAAACUGAGCAGGAUGUGGAAUCGUCAAAAGUUAGAAAAGUGGCAGCGAGAUUACCAUUGACUCCUCCGCCUGAACAAAAACCUAUGAGAGAUUUGGGUGAAGGAUGGGGUCAGUACAUAUCGAAGGGGGGAAGAAGUUUUUAUUAUAAUGUGAAUACAAGAGAAAAAAAUUGGAAACCCCCAAGAAAAGUCAUUGGAAAUCAAGAAGUUCCGCUCGUCGGAAGUUACGAAAGCGUAUGUUCGGAUGCAAAUCGUUCAAAUGCUUCGAGUCCUUUGAACGAAAAUUGUCAUCAUCAUUCGUCGUCGGUAAAUUCUUUGACUCGCUCGAAUGGAUCCCUUCAUUCGAAAUCGACGAAUUACGAGAGCGCGAGUUUCGAAACGACAAAAUCCGGAUCCAUUUCCCGUUGGAAAGAAGAAAAUCCGGAUGAUUUGAAUAGGUCGUCGUAUAAUUCGAGUCCCGUGACGGGAUUGAGUCAAUCGUCGAGUUAUUCUCUGAAUAAAUCAUCGAGAGAUUCUCUGAACAGAUUCAGUCCGAUCGAUAACAUACCGUCGGAAGAUGAAAAUUACGAAUUGUACGAUCACGUGUACAAAGACGAUGAUCCGAAUAGGAAAAAGAAAAGGUCGGGUAUGAGGCUCGCGGAUGAAACGGGAGGAAGAACGAGUAAAGAAAGUAUCGAAGGUUCUGGAUUUCGCAUAAAACCCGGUUGGGAAGAAUUCUACGACGACUCGUUAGAUCAAAUAUAUUACGUACACAAGGACAAAAGGGAAAAGGUACGUUGA